UUAUUUAAGAAUAGCGUUUAUUUCUCGUUGGCCAACGCUAUACCUACUUACACUGACUUAACAGUUUACUUUUUUCUCUUCUAUAAAAACACACACUUACAUCAGUUCAUUCUUCAUUUCUUUAACUCUUUAACUUACGUACAUCGAUUAUAGCCAACAAGAAUAAGAUGGAGAACACACAAUAACCACAAACUUGGAAUGAAUUGUCUAAUUAUGAUGAUUUGUUAAUAUUAUAAAAAAUGAAUUAGAUGUUGCUAUUAUAAAUUACUUACAAAUAUUUGGUUAUGAUACUAUUAAAAUUUAUCUUUCUCAAGAGAAACAACAAAUUCUAGAAGAUUUGAAUCAAUCACUUGAUAUUUACGAUAAAUAUCGAUCUGAUCUAUGUAAAGUUGCAUUCUGUCCUGGUGAUACAAAGAAAUUAAUUGUGUUUAUUGAUAAAUUUCAAUGUAUAAAGAAAGAAGCAGAAGAUGCUAAUGAAGAAAUAUCGAAGAAGAAUACAACAGCAGCACCCAGGAUUAAAACCUGUGACAGUAGUGGUUCUCAAGCAGUAGCAACACUUUCUACCCUUCGACAUGCUUGUCCUCGUCCUCUUUUGAUUGCUUGGAGUCUUAUUUGUAUAAUAAUGGUAUUAGAUAGAUUCUUUUGGAUUAACGAAGGAACACUGUCGAUUUUCAGUAGUAAUAUUAUGAAUGCUAAACUGGCAAGUGAACUAACUGCUGAAAGCCUUUUAGUUUUCAUACGCAAGUUUGUCUAUCUCACACUUCGUUCAGAUUUCUCUGUCAAGCCAACUGAAUUCCGUGUAAUUAAUUAAUUAAUUACACGGAAUUCCUAUCUAAAAAUUUUCAAAAACUCCGUGUCCCAAGCAAACUUCCCGGUAUUUUGCUGAAAGCUCUCAUGAACAUUUCCAAUUAUCCCACUUGGGGUAAUUGGAAACAACAAUAGAAAUUGAUGGGGUAAUUGGAUACGCCAUGUAUUUUACAUGGGAAAUAAUUGAUUAGUAAAAACCAGUUUUCUCGUUAAGCCAAUGAUAUUAAUUAAUAAUUUUUGCACAGGUAAAUAAAUCAAUUAUUGCUGUAUAAAUGGUGAGAAUCUCCAAGCUCUGCUCAUUAAUUAGCCUGAGCUCUAAUUAAAAAAGUAAACGCUGAGAAAUUUUCAAAUGUUUCCGAUUUUACCCCAUUUGGAGCAGGGCUGGACAACUCCGCUGACUUUCAACUCCAACUCCACUCCAUUCAAGCCCGUUCACAAAUUUCCAACUCUCUCAACAAAAAUCUCAACUCUAGUUCAACUCCGGUUGCUUCGCUUUUGUGCAGAAGAUUUUUCGGUUUUUAGCAGGAUUCUGGAUGUUUUUGAGCUUUUUCCGGUCGGAAAAAGCAAAGAACUUCCGAAUUCACUCGUGAAUACAGCCACUCAAUCGUUUAGAAGAUCAGUUUACACCUAUAUUGAAUAUUUCCAAAAAUGCAAAACGGAGUUGAGAAUAAAUAUUCAAAAAUCUAACUCCAACCUACUAAAAUCUUAACUCCAGCUCCAACUGCGUCAAAGUCAACUCCGACUCCAACUCCACCAAAAAAUCCUCAACUCCGGAGCUGGAGUUUCCCAGCCCUGAUUUGGAGCAACUGGAAAAGUUAGUGAAAGUUAGUGGGGUAAAUGGAAACGACCAUGUAAAAUAGCUAGAAAGCUAGGAGUUUCUCGGAAAUCAGUUUCUACUCGAAGAACACCUCUCACAAAAAGUUUGCGCUUAUAAAAAGAUGCACAUAUUCUUUUCUGCAAUCGUAGAGAAAUUCUCAGUUGUAUUCAUUCAGAAAUAACAAAAUAAGCCUGUAACACGUAAAAGUCGAAACAAAACCUCUCUUCUAUACGUCAAGAGAUUCUCUUGAUUGGCUUAUCCAUGACUUUUUUCUUAGCCGCCAUAUAUUUUGCACACAAGCAAACAGAAAACUGUUUUGUAUGAAUAUGGACAAAGGAAUAACAUAUGUCGUAUGUUUGUUUGACUAAAUCCAAAUGCGUGUCAUUUUCUCGUAUAUUUGUAUAUGUCCUAAAUCAUUCCAAAAAAAAAAGAUAAAAGAAACCUCUCUUCAUUCUAGACAACCACAAGUGCUAACUUCUGAGAACUUCGUCAAUAACUAGACGGAUUCCCAUUAAAAGUUCGAAAAGAAAUAUUUUAUUUGAACGAAGGCUACAGCAUUUAACAGAAUGAAGGUUUGUUGCAACAUCCAGAUUUGUCACGAUUAUACAUGUAAAAAACCAAGCUUUCGCUGUUAGGUCAUCUAGUAUCAAUAAUAGCUCUCAUUCAGUUCUCUGUUCCGAUGGCGAACCUGUGUUCAGGAGUGUUUCCGCUGAUGCAUCCACUUAACAAAUCUAAUGUCGACCGAUAUGCUCUAUGCAUAUCUUUGGAUCUUUGAUUAAAGUUUCUAAAAUUCCUUUAGGAAAACGGCUUAAAAUUGCAAGAGAUUCUUUUAUUAACAAACGAUAUGAAUUAUUAUCUUUAAGAAAAAUUCUAAAUCCCUUCCUCUUUAUUUCAUGUCAUUGGUCUAGAAUAUGUUGUCCUAGAGCUGAUUUAAUCUUUUGAAUCUUUGUCAGAGAAAACAAUCAUCGUAUCAAAAACAUUUGUGUACAUUGUUCUUUGUGAAAGUAAUUUUUAUACAUAUUUCAUAGCAGUCCUCCUUAAACACAUAGCAUUCCUAACUUAAACAAU